AUGUCUUUCUUCAGUUUCGACACAGGUGGCCACAACGCUGCUGCUCCGGGCUUCUCCCAAGCGCACGACCCCUUUGCUGCCCUCUCAGGCGGUAAUACCGGCGCCGACGACGCCCUUGACUUCGAGGAUACCUACGACGGUCUUGGCGACAAGCUUGACGAUGCAGAUGACGCCUUCAACGACGAUACGUUUGGCGGUGGAAGCGGUGGCGGUGAUGUAGUCAAAACCUCCAAGGUUGGCAAGGAUUUUGACUUCUUCGGUCAGACUGCCAAGGUUGCCGAUGCAAUCGAGGAGGAGCACCUUCGAUUCAACCGCCAGCAACCCGUCGCCAAGUCGAAUGCCCCUCAGGGAUAUACCGCCCAACCUCCUACCGAUCCCUACAAUGCUCCCCAGCAGCAUCAGCAGCCUCAGCAGCCUCAGCAGCCUCAGCAGCACCAGCAGCACCAGCAGCACCACUAUCAACAACAGCAAUAUCAUCAAGCUCCUGCUCGCACUGGCUACGAAAAGUAUCGCGCAACAGAACCCAUCCCCGAUCUCCAUGUCGACCAAAGCAUCUGGGGCAUCGGCGCUUCCAAGGCUGCCGCUGCUCCCGAAGCGCAAUCAAAGAGUCGCAAGAUGAUGAGUUUGGAGGAGGUUGAGGCAGCCAUGCGAUCUGAGCCCAAGGCAGCCACGGCAGCCCAGCAGCCUGCCCAGCAGCCUGCCCAGCAGUCCAGCCCAGCCCAACCUCAAGUGAAUGCAGGCUACUACCCAGGACACCAGCAGAUGCCUGCUCACCAGGGACAGUAUUCUCAGCAAGGCCCUGCCCAAGGUCACCCCGUCACCAUCCUUCAGCGUCCUCAAUCUGGACAGGAGCCUCAUCAGCGCCAAGUCCUUACUGAGGAACAGUUCUUGCGCCAGCACGCUCACCCGACCCAAAUAUUGCAGAACCCAAACAGGCUCUCCGGCGAUGCUCAGCGCGGCGCUUUCGCUGGUCAAGCUGGUCAGCAUCAUGGAAGAACUCCAAGUGGUGCUGGUCCUAUGCAUCACUUGCACAACCACCCUCAACUGUCCGGCAUGUCCGAAGAGGAAAAAGCGGCUUUCCUAGAUCAGGAAACCAAACGUGCCAAGCGUAACCACAAGAUUUGGCUUUUGUCCAAGGACAAUGGCGUAAUGACCCCUCAGGACAAGAACUUCAUCACGCGAAUUCAGCUGCAGCAGCUCAUAGCUGCCACCGGCAAUCCUGCAGAGCAGACGGGCGACACUUCCAUUGCCGAAGACUUUUACUACCAGGUUUACAGCCACAUCCGUGCCGGCCAGAGACAGAACCCUAGUCAACCCCUCAGCAACUUUGCUCAGACCUAUCUGUUCCAGACUGGCAGCCGUCAUGGACCACGUCGCCACGGCCGCCCUGCUGAGAACCACAUUCAGCGUAUGGAACAGCAGGUGCAGAGAGCUGUCGAGGCGGCCAAGAACAAGCCCAAGAACCCCCAGCUGGUAAUUGCUGGCAGUCUCGGUAAAAUCUCGUUCAGUAACGCCAAGACUCCCAAGCCCCUUCUCAACAUUCAGCGAAAGGAGGCCGAGUCUCCUCGUCCUGCCACCGCACGAAGCGCCACUACCGGACCUGAUCGCAGAGCUAUACUGCGCAACGUUGAGCGUGUCUAUGACACUCUCAUGAAACUCGAAGACCAGGUCAGAGCCAUCCCACCUCCCAUGGCUGGCCCGGUCGACCAUGCGCUGGAGGAGAAGCACCGCGAAUGGGCCGCAGAGCUCGAGGCUCUAAAUGCCCAGCUCUGGAACGAGCUCAAAGUUCAUGAGCCCAUCGGCGCCACUGUGCCUCACCCGUUCAUAGCUUUCUUGUCUUGUGCCAAGGGCAAGAAGGCCAUUCCUCGCAUAUUCCCCCACCUUAACUUCGAGCAGCGCACUACCAUUUUGACAAUGAUUGUGUAUCACCUUGAUCAGCUUGACGUGGUUCAAGGUGCCGCCGUUACUGACGAUGAUACCACGCUCAACUCGAGAAUGCGUGAAAAUAUUGAGCUCUUCCUAUCAACCGUCAUGCCAUCGCUCAUGCAAUACUUCAACGACACUGGUCUGGACAUUGUUGAUGGGGUCCUGAACUUGAUUGCCACUAAGCUGAACCUGGACCUGAUUGCAAAAACUCGCAUUGGUCUUUCAAUGCUCACUUUAAUCCUAAGCCGAACUGUUCUUCUGAAGCAGACUGGUGCUGGCAACCCUGAGCAGUGGCAGAAGUGGGAACAAACUUUUGAUAUUCUCUUCAGCCGGCUAGAGCCCUCGCUCCCUCACAUGUUCCCCGGCAGCGUCAACGCCGGUAUCGAUGUCUAUGUCUGGCAAUUCCUCGCUGCCAUGGGCGUCAGCGCGAAUCACGACCAACAGACACGCUUGGUCCUGGCCGUCAAAGACCGUGUUCUCGACACCGUCACUUUGUCCAAGACUCUACCACCGGCCAUGGCCACAGAACGCCUGGCCAGUGUCAAUCUAUUCAUGAGAGCCAUUGGCCUUGAUGUGGAACUCUUGCAGUAA